AUGCCUGAUGUCACAGAAUUGCAUCCUGUACCUGAGGCUCACGUUCCUAUGAUGAAAUUCAAGUUGAAUGGUGUAUCUAUAUAUCUUCUCUAUGCAAAACUUUCACUUUGGGUCAUACCUGAACCUGCUACAAGUGAUUUUAUUGUAAGGGAUACUGGAAAUUGCAGCCCUAGGUACAUGAGGUGCACCAUUAAUCAGAUUCCUUGCACUUCAGAUCUUUUAAACACAUCUGGCAUGCAAUUGGCUUUAUUGGUUCAGCCAUUAGCUCUUCCACAUCCAUCCGAGGAGCCUAUCCAAGAAGUACUGAAGCUCAUGGAGCUUAUACAAAUCAGCUUUGGUGUUAUUGGAGAUGGAGUUUCUGAUGACACAAAGGCCUUUAGAGAUGCAUGGAAGGAAGCAUGUUUUACAGAUUGCAUUCACGGGAAGCAGUGCAAUAUAUAA